UCGCGGCCAACGCUGGGACAGGGUUUGCGGUGGCAGAGCCUCAAAUUGCCAUGUUCUGCGGGAAGCUCAACAUGCACGUGAAUAUCCAGACUGGGAAAUGGGAACCCGACACUUCGGGGACUAAGAGCUGCUUUGGAAGCAAAGAAGAGAUUCUGCAGUACUGCCAGGAGAUGUACCCAGACCUUCAGAUCACGAACGUUGUGGAAGCCAAUCAACCCGUCAGCAUUGACAGCUGGUGCAAGAGGGGCAAGAAGCAGUGCAAGGACCACACUCACAUCGUCGUGCCCUACAAGUGCCUGGUGGGAGAAUUCGUAAGCGAUGUCCUGCUGGUUCCAGAGAAGUGCCAGUUCUUACACAAGGAGCGCAUGGACGUGUGUGAAAGCCACCAGCACUGGCACACCGUGGCAAAAGAGGCUUGCCUGACGGAAGGGAUGAUCCUGCACAGUUACGGCAUGCUGCUGCCCUGCGGCGUAGACCAGUUCCACGGGACAGAAUACGUCUGUUGUCCUCAGACGAAGGUGGUGGAUGAGGCUCUGUCCAAAGAGGAAGAGGAUGAAGAUGAGGAUGAAGACUAUGACCUUUAUAAAAGCGAGUUCCCUACAGAGGCAGGCGUGGAAGACUUCACAGGAACAGCUGUGGAGGAAGACGAGGACGAAGAAGACGAAGGCGAAGAGGAGGAGGAGGAGGUAGUAGAAGACCGUGAUUACUAUUACGACAGCUACAAAGUCGAUGAUUACAACGAGGAGACCCCCACGGAGCCUAGCAACGACAAGGCACUGCCUGAAAAAGAAGUCAGCAGCGAUAUGAAAUCUGUCUGCUCCCAGGAGGCGAUGACAGGGCCCUGCCGGGCUGUGAUGCCUCGUUGGUACUUCGAUCCUAACAAGAGAAAAUGCGUUCGCUUUAUAUAUGGAGGCUGCGGAGGCAACAGGAACAAUUUUGAGUCAGAGGAGUAUUGUAUGGCUGUGUGUAAAAAGAUGACCUCCGCUUACCCUCGCCCUCUCCUCGCAGUGCCCACGGACGACGUGGAUGUCUACUUCGAGACCCCGGCUGACGACAACGAGCACGCCCGCUUCCAGAAGGCGAAGGAGCAGCUGGAGGUCAGGCACCACAACCGCAUGGACCGGGUGAAAAAGGAAUGGGAGGAAGCAGAACACCAAGCCGUGAAUCUCCCCAAGGCAGAAAGACAGACUCUCAUUCAGCACUUCCAGGCGAUGGUGAAAUCUCUGGAGAAAGAGGCAGCAAGCGAGAAGCAGCAGCUUGUGGAAACUCACCUGGCUCGCGUGGAAGCCAUGCUGAACGAUCGCCGUCGCAUCGCUCUGGAGAACUACUUGGCUGCCCUGCAGGCCGACCCGCCACGCCCCCACCGCAUCCUGCAGGCUCUGAAGCGCUACGUUCGUGCUGAGAACAAGGACCGGCUGCACACCAUCCGCCACUACCAGCACGUCCUGGCAGUUGACCCAGAAAAGGCUGCGCAGAUGAAACCUCAGGUGAUGACACAUCUCCAUGUGAUCGAGGAGCGGAUGAAUCAAAGCUUGUCUCUGCUCUACAAGGUGCCGUACGUGGCUGAAGAAAUCCAGGAUGAGAUCGAUGAGCUGCUUCAGGAGCAACGUGCCGACAUGGAUCAGUUCACGUCCUCCAUUUCGGAAUCCCAGGUGGAUGUCAGAGUGAGCUCCGAGGAGAGCGAAGAAAUUCCCCUGGAGGGCAAACCUUUCCGUCCGUUCCAGGUGAAAACCUUCCCAGCCACGCCCGAAAGCGAAGAUCCUCAGCCGGAUUUGUACCAUCCAAUGAAAAAAGGUUCCGGCAUGACCGAGCUGGACGGGCUGAUCGGCGCCGAAGAAAAAGUGAUUAACAGCAAGAACAAAGUGGACGAAAAUGUGGUAAUCGAUGAAACCCUCGACGUGAAGGAAAUGAUUUUCAACGCCGAGCGCGUCGGCGGGCUGGUGGACGAGCCGGAUAACGACAACUCCCUUCGGGAUGACUUCAGUUUCAGCAGCAGCGCCCUCAUCGGCCUCCUGGUGAUCGCGGUUGCCAUAGCUACCGUCAUAGUCAUCAGCUUGGUGAUGCUGAGGAAGAGGCAGUACGGGACCAUCAGCCAUGGGAUCGUGGAGGUCGACCCGAUGCUUACCCCAGAAGAGCGGCAUCUGAGCAAGAUGCAAAACCACGGCUACGAGAACCCCACUUAUAAAUACCUGGAGCAGAUGCAGAUCUAAAAGAGAUGAAGAUACAACAGCCCUGAGCGGGAAGAGGAGCAGGGCGGAGGGCCAAAGGGGUCCAGCGUUUUGGAUCGACUACUGACCAACAGUUGCUUCGAGAGGACUUCAUCUUACAUUCAGAACUCCUGGAUCAUUAAGACUAUAAUUACUACUGUAGAGUUGCAAUUUCCAUUCUUUUAAAUGGGUGAAGAAAUGAUAAUAUAACGAUAUGAUAUAUAAAUCUCCUUACAUGGGAAAAAUGGAUCUAUUGCAGAUAUUUGACUGAGAUGUAGUUUUCCUUUUUUUUUUGGUUUUUUUUUUUAAAUAAUCUGAAAAAAAAGAUACCAGUUCCGUUGUACUGUUGUCUGAUACGAGCUCUAUAUAUAUAUAAAAUGGGAAAAUGUUGAUUUUUAUUUCCAAUAGACCACCUGUAUAUUGAGGGUCAUCUGUACCAGCCCGCCUUGUAAAAAGGAGACAGUUGUGGCUCUUCAGUCAUUUUGGCUUUUAUAUAUAAAGCAGUAUUCUUUUUUUUUUUUUUUUUUUUUAAAGUGGGAGUUGCAAAGAGAUUAAUUUAGGGAUAGGAACUUUGACAGCGUAAGCGAGGGAAGUAAUUGGGAACGGUAACUAACAAAAGUCCUUAUAAUGAGAAAAAAAAAGAAAAAGA